AUGGGUUCCUCUGUUGAGAUGCUGAGUGAAUUCAAGGAGAAAAUGUUGAGAACCUUUGAAAUGACUGACCUUGGUUGUCUGAGAUAUUUCCUAGGCCUAGAAGUUGUUCAAUCCAACGAAGGCCUAUUUGUUUCUCAACAAAAAUAUGCUGAAGACUUACUCAAAAAGACUGGGAUGCUGAAUUGCAGAAAAUUCUCAACUCCUAUGAAUGCAAAUGAUAAGCUAAGCUUGGAAGAUAGUUCAGGGAAAACAGAUCCAGUUCGGUAUAGAAAGGUUGUAGGAAGUCUCCUCUACCGUACUCAUACCAGACCUGAUCUGGUAUUUGCUGUUGGGAUUGUCUCAAGGUUCAUGCAAUCACCCUCCUUGCAUCAUUUUGGCACUGUAAAGAGAAUCCUACACUAUGUUGCAGGAACAAUUGGUCAUGGUCUCAUGUAUACAAAUUCUGAAGAAUUGAAGCUUUGUGUCUUUACUGAUAGUGACUGGGGAGGUGCAACUGAUGAUCGAAGAAGCACAUCGGGUUGGUGCUUCUCUCUUGGGUCAGCUGCUGUGGCAUGGAGUUCAAAGAAACAAUUGAUCACAGCUCUCUCAAGCACAGAGGCGGAAUACAUUGCUGCUACCUCUGCUGCUUGUGAGGCCGUGUGGCUUCGACGUUUAUUAUCUGACUUUGGUAUGAAGUUCACUGAGCCAACGGUGAUUCAAUGUGACAACAAGUCUGCUAUUUUGAUAACUCAGAAUCCUACCAUGCAUGGCCGCACAAAGCACAUUGACACUAGGUUUCAUUUCAUUAGAGACUUGGUGUGCAAUGGUGAGAUCAGUGUGGUUUAUUGUAGUACAAAUGAACAAGUUGCUGAUAUCUUUACAAAGGCCCUUCCAAGUUGCAAAUUUGAGUAUUUUUAG